GCAGAAAUUAUACGUCAGGUAUUAGUUACUACAUUUCCCAUGAGCACCUGCGGGAUUGAAACUACAGAAGACAACAUGGCGGGGAUCGCAGCGUUCCUGAAGAAUGCAUGGAAUAAGGAGCCUGUUAUCCUGGCCUCCUGUGCUAUUGGACUGAUAGGUUUUGCUCUUCCAUUAAUCAGCCCCAUCACUAAGUAUACAGGAAUGAUCAAUUCGUCUGUGCCAUACAACUAUCCAGUCCCUGUGCGAGAUGAUGGAAACAUGCCUGAUGUCCCUGCUCAUCCGAGUGAACCAAAAGGAAACAACUUGGAAUGGCUUAAAAAUCUUUAACUUCACAUUCGCACGAUCAACACUUGAUCGUUUCUUUUGUUCAUUUGUGUCUGCAUAGCUGCUCCACCAAUCAAUGUCCCACAAUAAAGAUUUAUUUAAUUCUA